UCUGUCUGGACUGUUUUCCAAUACCAAACAGGGUUUAACUGCCUUACAAAUUGUAUCAGCCGAUAGGCAAGUCUGGAAGGGUAUAAGUGUCUUCGGUAUCCACCAUUCUGUCACCAUCGCACCUCGAAACUCACGAUAACCAUAUACACAUCACGAAGCUACGAUUUAACAUGUCUGCCGAGAUUAAAGGAGAACAUUUGACACAUCACUACUUGACCAAUGCCCAGCUGGACGACUACCCAGAUGAGAAGCAGGUUGUCGGGAAUGGAGAUUUGGUGACGGUAGAGGAAGUCAAAGUCGCUGAAGACGCCAUCCUGGCGGGGGAUGAAUACACGGAAGAGCAAUACAAGAAGCUCAAGCGCAAGGUAGACUGGGUCCUUUUGCCUCUGAUGUGGUGGUGUUACGGUAUCCAGCAGACGGACAAAACUGGUCUCGGUACAAUGAACCUGUACGGCGUGCAGGCUGACACUGGCAUGCACGGCAAUCAAUACUCCCUGUUAACCGUGGUGUUCUAUACGGCCUAUGCUGUCUGCGAGUUCCCUUCAAAUUUUCUCCUUCAACGUUUUAACAUGGGCAAAUGCUUGACCAUCUACAUGUUCUGCUGGGGUAUCAUUGUCCUUGCACAAGGUUUCGUCAAGUCCUUUGCGCCUUUCCUCGUUUUGCGACUGCUCCAAGGUGCUUUCGAAUGCACAAUCAGCCCCGGUUUCAACCUCAUCAUCGCCAACUGGUACACAUCCCAAGAACACAAUUCUCGCUCCCUCAUCUUCCAGAGUGCCAACGCCGGCUGGGGUAUCGUUGUCAGUUUGACAAUGUACGGUAUUGCCCAAGCUGCCAACAAGAACCCUGGUGGUUUCGCGGCAUGGCGAGGGAUUGCCGUCUUCCUAGGUGGUCAAACUUUGCUUGCUGCUGGUGUAGCCUUCUUCUUGCUCGGUACCCCCAACGAGGUCAGGUGGCUUAAGGCAGAGGAGAAGAAGAUCGCCUAUGCCAGAGUCAUGAAGAACAACGCUGGCACUGACACGACUGGUAGAAAGACCUGGAAGUGGGGCCAAGUACGCGAAGCGUUUUUAGACCCUGCAUUGUACUUUCAGUUUAUCAACGCCUUUUUGGUCUCUGUGUGUAAUGGUGCUCUUACCACCUUUGGUGCUGUCAUCACUCUAUCUUUUGGCUUUUCUGAGAGUCAAGUCAUCUUGUACGGUAUACCUCAAAAUGUUGUCUCUGUCCUUUGGUUCGCCUUUGUCGGUUUCAUGACACUCAAGUUCAAGGGACUCAGGAUGUACUUUAUGAUGAUCAGUGUCAUCUUCCCCUUCAUCGGUCUUCUUUUCAUGGCUUUGCUUCCUGAGGACACCAGCUACCGAUGGACCAAGUGGGGCAUGUACUUUAUGACUGUCACCUUUAUUCUCCCUCUCUUCUCUGGAUGGGCUCUCAUCUCUUCCAACACUGCCGGUCGUACCAAGCGAACUGUAAUGAGCUCCACGACCUUUAUCGCCUAUUGCGCUGGCAAUAUUGCCGGUUCUGAAGUUAUGAAGUCCAAAGACGCCCCACACUACAUUCCCGGUACCAUCGCCAUCGCAUGCUGUAUGGGCGUUGAAUUCGCCACGCUCAUUAUAUGGCGUAUCUAUCUCCAAUACUGUAACAGGAAAAAAACCAGGGCCAUAGCUGAGAUGGGGUUGAGUGAGGAGGAGAUUACGAAGAAGGGACAAGCGUUGGGUGCCGAGGAUGCGACGGACAUGAAGAACCCUUUCUUCCUCUAUUCCACCUAGUUCUUUUGGGAUCUCUCUUGAAGCAGUUGGAGGAGAAGAUGGAUGUGCGAGAGGGCCAUGGAAGCUUCAGUUGUGUUGAAGGUGACUAACAAAGUUGUACUCUUCUGGAUCACUAUAGAGUUGUAAAGUCGAAGUUGUGCUGUCUAGUUGUUAUCCUUUUUCAUUUGUUAAUAUACCGAAAAUUUUGUAGAUAGGGAAAAUUUUUAAUUGUUCAACGGGAAAUGGAAUAGAUCAAAUGACUGACAAUGUAAACAGCCAUCUGAUAUAUAGCUGAAUUGGGACCAGUGCAGUGUACAUGCG